GCCUCCGAUCGAAGCCCAAUUAAGAACUGCUUCUUUGCCUCGUUGGUUUUAGAAGUCCUGCCUGUAAUGCUUCUCUGCUCCGUCGUUAUCAGACUUCCGGGCGAAAUCACGACGACUACUGUAAGAUACAACAAAUCAACAUCUCCGGAAUGAGUGCAGGGGGAGCAUUUGGUGGAAAUAGAGGACUGAGACCGGUUCCACCAGAGAAAGGAGUUUUCCCAUUGGAUCACAUGCAUUUAUGUGACCUGGAGAAGAAGGAAUACCUCAAUUGUCUUAAAUCCGCUGGGCAUAAAUCCGAGGAGUGUAGACAUCUCUCUAGAAAGUACCUGGAGUGCCGAAUGGAGAAGAAUUUGAUGGCAAAGCAAGACAUGUCAGAACUUGGCUUUGGCAAAAAUGUUGAUGCUGGAACUAAAUCAGAGGAAAAGACAGAACAGACGAAAGAGAAAUGAAGAGUGAAUUACUUGCUGUGUACUUCUGAAUAGUCUGGCUGCGAAACUCCAGGCCGACAAUAGUCGUAUCUCCACAAUUUCUGUCAGUUCUAUGUGGAGGUGCAUAUUUUUCCUCUCAACCUUUUGUAACGUUUUUAUUUCUUUCUUCUCCUGGAUCCUCUCUGAGCUGUAGUAAAAAAAAUGUAUAGCGAGAGGGGAGAGAACACGAAAGGAAACUGAGUUUACAAUGUUAUAAAUGAGAGAAUAAUCUUGUUUGGAAAUUGAUAUAA